AUGGCGAUGGAUCGAGAACUUGUAACGUGUACGAAGGGAGAUGGGUUUUGGACGAGGCGUAUCCUCUGUACGAUCCGACGUCUUGUCCGUUUAUCCGCAAAGAGUUCGACUGUCGGAAAUAUGGCCGUCCUGAUUCUCUCUAUCUCCUGUAUCGAUGGCAACCUUCUCAAUGCUUUUUACCACGCUGCUCCUUCCUCAGAAAUCAUAAGGCAGAGCUCCAUGAACAGCACCAUCUCUUCUGUCAUUUUCAAGGACUAUGACGUGACGGUGAUGCUGUUCCACUCGGCGUAUCUGGUCGAUAUCGAGCAAACGGAGAAGGGUCGGGUCAUGAAAUUGGACUCUCUCAAGAACGGCGACAUUUGGAAAACCAUGGACGUCUUGGUCUUCAAUUCCUGGCUGUGGUGGUACCGCCGAGGACCAAAGCAACCGUGGGAUUAUUUACAAUACAGAAGCAAGAUCGUGAAGGAUAUGGAUAGAAUGUUUGCGUACAAAAUGGCAUUGAGGACUUGGACUCGAUGGGUCAACUCCCAAGUCAACGCAACCUCCACCAAGAUCUUCUUCCAAGGAAUUUCUCCCUCCCAUUACAAUGGAUCGGAGUGGAACGAGCCGGGCGUCACAAACUGUCUAAGGGAGGAACAACCGGUGGAUGGAUCGACCUACCCAGGAGGCAAACCGAUGGCUGCAACAGUGUUGAGAUCGGCCUUAGCCCCGGUCCGGAACAAGGUGCAGUUAUUGGACAUAACAUUGCUGUCACAGCUGAGAAAAGAUGCACACCCAAGCCGUUACAAUGGCUUCAAGAGCAUGGACUGCACCCAUUGGUGUGUCCCUGGUCUCCCUGAUAUUUGGAACCAGCUUCUCUUUGCUUCUCUCUUCUCUUGAUUCAUGACUAUGGCUCCGUUGCUUCUGAUUCAUGAACAUUUUUAUAUGGAUGAUCACUUUCUCUCAUGACAUAAAUAGAUUACACAUUGCUGUGGUUUUUCUA